CUCAGGGCCGCGCCAUGGCCCGAAAGGCCGUUGGGAGGCUGCCGGAGGAAACCCUGUCGCUGUGGAAACGGGAGCAAGCCCAGCUGAAGACUCGUGUCGUGCACCGGGACACGGAGGCGUGGCAACGGGACCCCGCCUUCUCGGGCCUGCAGAGGGUCGGGGGCGUGGACGUGUCCUUUGUGAAGGGCGACAGCGUCAGCGCCUGUGCCUCCCUGGUGGUGCUCAGCUACCCUGAGCUCGAGGUGGUGUAUGAGGACUGUUGCAUGGUGAGCCUGACAGCCCCCUACGUGUCGGGCUUCCUGGCCUUCCGAGAGAUGCCCUUCUUGGUGGAGGCGGUGCAGCGGCUGCGGGAGAAGGAGCCCCGCCUCAUGCCCCAGGUCCUUUUUGUGGAUGGAAAUGGGGUGCUCCACCACCGAGGCUUUGGGGUGGCCUGCCACCUUGGUGUCCUCACAGACCUGCCCUGCAUUGGGGUGGCCAAGAAACUCCUGCAGGUGGAUGGGCUGGAGAACAAUGCUCUGCACAAGGAGAAGAUACGGCUCCUGAAGGCUGGAGGAGACUCAUUUCCUCUGUUGGGAGGCUCUGGGACCAUCCUGGGCAUGGCCCUGAAGAGCCAUGACCACAGCACCAAGCCCCUGUAUGUCUCUGUGGGCCACAAGGUGAGCCUGGAGGCAGCCGUGCGCCUAACCCAUGGCUGCUGCAAGUUUCGGAUCCCGGAGCCCGUGCGCCAGGCUGACAUCCGCUCCCGAGACUACAUCCGCAGGACCCUGGGAGUCCAAGGGGCUCCUGCCCUGCGGCCGGAGAGGAGCAAGAAGGCACAGAUGCCAAAGGCGUGCCGUGAAGGAGUCUCAGAAGAGCAUUCAGGUGAAGCCUUGGUCCCCGGCUCACUAGUGGGAGGCUCAGAUGGAGCACAUGCUAGGGAGAGGCACAGGGAAAGCACACUGGUCAACCCGGAGAUGUUUCCCUUUGAUGCGGACCAGUGACCAUGCUCUGAUCCCACCCUCUGCCCACACCAUCCCUCCACCUGGCCCACCCCUCUGGUAGUGGUGACCCCCCCACACCGUGGUAGCCCCACCUCAUAUCUGCUCAGCAGGUGAUUGGCAGCUGCCACUUCCCAGCCCCCCAGCCAUGGAGCCUCAUGCUUAUUCAUGACACUGACAUAUGGCACCUCUGUGGGGGGCGGGGGAUCAGAGGAAGCUGCCAAUUGUGAGAGUGCAGCGUGUCCCCAUUCGAGCCCUGCUGAAGCAAAACAAACGCAAGAUGUGAGGGGAGCAGAGGCGGCCCGGGGGCGUGUGCGUGUGCGCGUGCUUGCCUGCACCGCGGGGGCGCUGGGAGGAGGGGAGGAAAACAAAGGGUGAAGGUGGGGGAGAGAAGGAGGCUGCAGGGCUUGGAAGUGAGUUUUGGUUGUCAUGGCUUCUGGGGUCUCAGUUAAUGGGGUCCUCAGAGGCCAAGCUGUCCAUCCUUCUGCCCCAGGCAGGCUGGCUCACACCAGCCUAAGACCCCUUUCACCUCUCUUCCCCUCACCUCUCACAUGGGAUGCUGGGCUAGGGGACAUGAACAAGAUAAGGGCUCGGCAGCCAGCAGCCCCAUGUGCAGAUCAUUGAAAUGUUCUAAUUCUUUCUCAAAUCAGAAAAAUCUAGCUAAUGUCAAGCCAGAGUCCAUAGGGCUCCAGACUUAGCCAGUUUCUUUUCCUGUUUUUGUUGAGGUUGGAAGAGUAUGUGUACUGCCUCCCAUCAGUGGAUGGGGCACUGCAGCCCCGCAGCAGUUCCUCUCCCCGGGGUGGGGUGGCCCUCUAGUGCUCUGCUGGCCACCCACAGGCUACAAAGCUCUGUUCCUGGGCUGGGGAGGACAGAGCAGAGGCAAAGGCCAAGCUCUUGGGGUCCUCAGCCAACCCCUCCUCCUGGACCCAGGGCUGGAGGCUGCUGCCAUGGAAACGAGGCUCUUUGCCAACUGGCCACGUGCAUCCUGGAAACAGUAGAUGAGCCCAGGGACCAGGGAGUCUAGGAACUGUGAUCACCUCCCAGGAGGCCCAGCCCUAGGGUCCCUUGACCCUGCUCUGCCACCUGCCCCCAUUGGUUGUAAGAACUCAGGAGAGAGAGAAAGAAGCUUGUUGGGAGGCUGGGAUGAUGCUGGGGCCCAGCAGGCCAAGGGGCCAAGACAGAGUGAGGAGCCCCAUGAGGGCAGCUGAAGGUCCCACACUUGUGCAGGAGCUGGAUGCUCUGAACCCUCUUCCACAAGCCUUCACAUGCACUUUAUAUGGUGGCUGACCCUGUGAGGUCUGUCCUUGGGGUCCACCAACCCCCUCAUUUUGGGCCUUCCCCAGGGAGUUGGGGAGAUAUAGAAGCCUGUCCCCUAAGGGUACAGCCUGCUAGAAAGCUGCCCAUGCAGCAGCUCCCUCCCUAGCCGCUUGGACAUCCUGGUGCCCAGGCCUGGUGGGCUGUCUGGGUGGCCUGAACCCCUCCUGGCCUUGCCUUGGAUGAGGGGCCCCUGCUCCAGCCGAGUGUCACGUGAGUCCCAUGGCUGGCUGGCAUGCUCUCGUCCGACAGGCGCUGGGCCACCGCACUUCAGGCACCGCUGUGCAUGGAGGCAUCUGCUGCUCACUGUCUCAGGGCAGAUGGGCUGCCAGUGAGCUAAGUGUGUGCGGGGGAAGGGGUGCCAUAGGAACCCCUUCCCGCGGUAGCGUGGGGGCGGGAGAGGCAGGCGCCCGCCUAGGGAGAGUGGGGAGCGCACAGAAGGGAGCGGCUGGCAUCACAUAGGCUCCCAGUUUGGGGUGAGGCCCGCGAUGCUGGUUCCUGGGCAAGGGGCUGAGGAAAUCCCAGCAGGACUACUGAAGGGAGGAGAGGCCUGGAAGCACUGGUCGAGGCAGGGAUGCCCCGUCACCACUGACUGGGUGGCCUUGGGCAGGUCCCUUUCCUCUCAGGGCCUGAGGGAGUAAGUUUGGAUCUUCUUCAGGGUGUCUUCCAGAUCCAAAACCCUGAGCUUCAGUAGGAUGGGGGUGUCCUGCCAUCUGAGGGGCCUCCUGUGAGGGUGGGGGGAUGCCAGCACAGUCUGCUGUGGCUCCCAGAGAGCUUAGGGUAGUGCUGUAUGUCAGGCGAGGUCACUCUGUUGUUCUCUCUGCAGAGUGGGACUUGGUGCCGGCUUCUGCAGCCUCGCCUGGCUGCAGCGGGAACCAUGCAGUGUGGGUCCCAGUAGAUGAGGGGGGCAGGGCUUCUGGGAAGGAUGCCAGCUGAGGUGGGAGCCCCUCGCUGAUACAGAUCUGGUUGCCCCAAAGCCCUGUGGGACCCUGGACCCUGAGGGACACUGGGGCCCAUGAAGGGGGAGGUGUGGGAAAGUCAACAGGGAAACAUUCCAAGACAGCCUCGGAAACGCACUCAGGGGGCACCAGAAGGGCCUGGGACAGGGGUGAGGGAGGCCCACUGGGCAAACCCCAGAAUCCUGCUCCGGGAACACCUAAGGGCUUCUCAUUCAUAAUGAUGGUAAACAGAGCCACUGGUGCCAGACGCCAACCUGAGCACUUGGCACCAUGGCUUUCAGUAAUCGGCCCAGUAGCAGGGUGAGGCAGCUAUUACCCCACUAGACGGAGGUGGAGACUGAGGCUUAGAAAGAUUACGUGGCUGACAGAGGCCUGGGGGCCAGUCGGUGGCUGAACUGGGAAUGGAGCCUGAGGCCAGCUGGCUGCACAAACCUGAUGCUCAGCUCAACCCCCUGGGUCCCCCACUGCUAGGUGCCUCGACCCUCCACAGCUCCAGAAGCCCAGGGGAGGGUGCCAGGUGCCCGGUGUCCCCUCCUCCUUCCUCCGUCCCUGGGAGGCCCCCACCCCACCCCUGCAGCCGCCUCCACCCGCCUGGCCACAGUGACUCAGCUCAGCUGUUCCUCAGCCGCUCUGCUUGCUGGUAGUUGCCUUUCUUUUUCCUUUUCUUUUCCAAUGUGUGACAUUGCCACUGUGCUGUGGCACAGUGACUGCCUCUACCCAGGAAUGCCCAUGGUGGCCCCAGCUUGAGGUGGCCAAGGUGGCCAGAUGGCAGGGCCUCACCCUGAGACUCUGGUCUUGGGCAGAGAGACUGUCACCUCCAGAGCGGGCACAGUCCUCACCUUAGUUCCACCUGACUCGGGCACAGUGCCAGGGGACAUCUGUCCAAGGUCACCCUCCGCAGCUGCUUCAUGACUCAAGGAUCUGUGUCCUUGAUGUUGUAGGUUGGGCAUCAAGAGGCCAGAAACCCUUCUAGGGAGGGUGACCCAGCAUGGAUGGCCAGAUCCUCACUUUUCAAGAAAGGGGUAAGAAAUAGAGAGAUGUGUCCUGGAGAAGACUGGGGCAGGGGCAUUGCCCAUUGUCUAGGUGGGGGUGAGGUGGUGGGAGGGGGUGAGUUACAUGGAAAAGGAAGGGCUUUCCCUCAAUGAAGGAAGCUUCCCUGAUACUUUUGACUGUCAGUGGAAUUUGCUGUUUUGUUAGGUGGUGAGUUCCCUGUUCCUAGGAGGAUUCAAGCCCUGACAUGGACAGGAUCCUUCAUGGGAUUGAGCCUGGUGUGGCCGAAUUUGUGGGAAGAGCAUUAAAAGCUGGAGUUGGAUGUUUGGGGUUUGAGUCUCAGGUUUAUGUAAACUCAGACAAGUCAUUAAGCCUCUCAGAGCUUAGUCUCCUCUUCUGUAAAAUGGGAUUAGUAUCGCCUUUGCAGGCAGUAGUGAGGAUCCGAAGAGACAUUGUAGGAUAAAGGGCAGUGUAAACUGCAGAGUGCACACAAUGCUUUUAUAUUCUGGUUCAGACCCUUGCAUCUUGCAUCUUUUUUUUUUAAACAUUAUAUUAUUUAUUUAUUGUCUGCGUUGGGUCUUCGUUGCUGUGUGCAGGCUUUCUCUAGUUGCAGCGGUCGGGGGCUACUCUUCAUUGCGGUGCUUGGGCUUCUCAUUGCAGUGGCUUCUCUUGUUGCAGAGCACAGGCUCUAGGCAUGCAGGCUUCAUUAGUUGUGGUACAUGGGCU